AGUGACAUCAAGAAGGUAGCUGAAGCUUACAAAAUAUUAUAGUGGUGAAAAAAAGGUUCAACGCUUACAAGCUAAAAAUAUCAUCAUUGUUCAUUGUUAUUUGCAAACUCCCGUUAAAAGAAUGGCAGAAGAUUUAGAUGUUGAAGCUUUGCUUGAAGCCCCUUACAUAAAAUCGGAUAACACGUCUUCGAAGCAUCGGUCGGACAAGCAUAACGAUAAGCACAGAGACAGAGAAAAGGAAAGCAGUAGAAGACGCAGCAGAUCAAGAGAAAAGAGAAAAUCACGCGAUAGGGAUGUUCGACGGUCUAAGGACAAGGAUGACAAAAGGGACAGAGAUCGAGAUAAGGAUCGUAGGGAGCGGGACCGGGACCGAGAUCGGGAUAAGGAACGUGGUGGGCACAGGGAAAAGGAUCGAGAGAGGGAACGCGACAGAGAUAAGGAACGCGAUAGAGAUAGAGGACGUGAAAGGGAUAAAGAAAAAAGGCGUAGCAAGGAAAGGGAAAGGAGUCGCGAUAGAGAAAGAAGUGCACACCCUGAUAAGAGGGAGAAAAGUCGGGAUAAGGAACCCAGAACUGAAUAUCGUUCCAAAUCAAGAGGAAUAGAACCGAAACUCGAAGAUUUGCCGCCUGAAGAACGCGAUUUGCGAACUGUAUUUUGUAUGCAAUUAUCACAACGUAUUAGGGCUAAAGAUUUAGAAGAGUUUUUCUCAUCUGUGGGAAAAGUUAGAGAUGUUAGAUUAAUAACAUGCAAUAAAACAAGACGAUUUAAAGGAAUUGCAUACAUAGAAUUUAAAGAUGCUGAAUCAGUACCACUGGCAUUAGGAUUGACAGGACAAAAAUUACUAGGUGUUCCCAUUAUUGUACAACACACACAAGCAGAAAAGAAUAGAGUUGGAAAUACACUGCCCAAUUUAGCACCAAAGACAUGCAAUGGACCUACAAGAUUAUAUGUGGGUUCAUUACAUUUUAAUAUAACUGAAGAUAUGUUACGGGGGAUAUUUGAACCAUUUGGAAAAAUUGAUCACAUACAACUUAUGACCGAUCCAGAUACCGGAAAAAGUAAAGGAUAUGGAUUCCUUACAUUCCACCACGCGACGGACGCGAAGAAGGCGAUGGAGCAGCUGAACGGGUUCGAGCUGGCGGGGCGGCCGAUGAAGGUGGGCAACGUGACGGAGCGCGCGGACGGCGGCUCCAACACGCGCUUCGACGCGGACGAGCUGGACCGCGCGGGCGUCGACCUCGGCGCCACCGGCCGCCUACAGCUCAUGUUCAAGCUCGCUGAGGGCACCGGCUUGCAGGUACAUAUUUAUAUAGUGCUAGGUGACCCGACAGACGUUGCCUUGUCAUCGCGAAAGUUUAUAGCCGUUAUGUUUUCACAUUUUCUUAAUUUUUGGUGCAAAUUUCUUGAAUUUUUUUUUUUUACAUAAGAUCUCCUCCUGACAAUAACAAACACAUCAAAGUAAGAAUUAUGUGAUGCUGUGACCAAGGGAAACAGGGAUUCAUUUUUUAAAUAGAGAUAUAAAAUACUCCUGUCGCGGUGGUUUGUACUCAAACUCCUCCGAAACAACUUGACCGAUUCUUAUGAAUUUUUUUAACAUCUAUUUUUCAUAUCCCUAAGUGAUAAGAGUAAGGCAGAAUAAUGCUUGUCAGGACAAAUUGUUUUAUGUAUAGUUACCAUAAUGCAAGUUGAGAAGAUAUUGACAGAGGAGCGACAACAUUUUUAAAAAAAUCUGUUGUAGAUAUAUCAACUUUUGCUCUACAAAUGAUUAUUCAUUAUUAUGAAUACGACUGUCAAAUGUAUUUUAGAUCCUUUCUGUAGAGAAAAUUAUGAAGCUAGUUUCUCGCACAGCUUGAAUUGCGACCAAUAUAAAAAUGACACUUUUUUCACUCAGAAAUAAUUCAACUUUCUGAUGUUGGGAUUUCCAAAUUAAUUUAAAGUAUUUGUUAGAUUAAAAUCUAUUUUUUAAUUUUUACUUUUCAUACUGUGUAGACUAGCUGUGCCGCGUGAUUUAACCCGAGAAGGAUCAAAAUACUGUAUUAUUCCCAUAAAUCACUUAUUUACCCAACAUUAUCAAAAUUAAUUUAUUGGUUAAAAAAAUUACAUUGGUAAUAAAAGUAGGAAUUUAUUGUACACCUUAUUUCA